AUGGUUGCACAACAGGCUGUUAGAUUUCUACAGGCCAAGUAUGGGUUCGCAAUCCACGACUACAACCUGCAGAGCUUGCUUUCAUAUUGGCAAAUAACAGCCUCCGCGGUCGACGCGGCUCUUACAGCCUCAUCGCACCUUUCUAGGUUCCGGGCACGCUAUGCUCCAAUGGAUCUAACAUGCGAGGGUGUUCUGCAACAAUGUAUUGCUUUGUGCUCUUUGGCGUGUGCGAUGUCGGGUCACCCUUCCCAGCGAGUUCAGCGGGCACGAGAAAGUCGAGCACGCCGCCGUGCUUCAUUAGGCCAGGGAUUUUUGCAGGCUCCUGUGUUCGCCGAUGUUAGUCGUACAACGUCUGGGUUAUCCACAGGCCACUCGAUACCAUCAAGCAGUAGCCCAGGUUUCCCUACCCAUGCUCUCGGUUCGUCUACUGUUUUAUCUGGCUGUGGUGGGUCUCAGUCCAGCCCCGUUGGUGCCGUCGGUGCUAGCUCGCUGAGUGCUCCCAAUAGGAAAAGAACACUUUUAGAUGUGCCACGUGAUGCCGCUGCAACACAUAGAGAACAACGUCGUUUGAAGAGAUUAGGUGGUCACCUAGGGUAUUUGGUUCAGAAAAUCCUAGAUGGACGGUCGUGUUCUAUACCUAUCAUAUCUUAAUUGGAUGUCCUGCCUUUGCCUAAGGACUAUAUCGCAUCAUUGAAAGGUCUGUUCAGCCAUAGUGAAUUUUUUCGUUUACACUUGCUCCACGUUGCCCCGUGCUUAGUGAUUACCUAAUAUAUGCAACAUUGUAUCCUGACCGAUCCUAUUAUGGUGUACCCUCCCAUGAAUGCCCUUACUGUGGGGCGGUUUUCUGGUACCAAGAAAGUCAAAAGAGACAAUGAUGU